AUGACUCAAAUCAAACGACAACUAAGUUUAACUCAAUCGAUUGAUGUGGAAAUGAAAAAGCUACGAACAAGAUUGAGUGAUGAAAGUACAUCGCAUACAUGUUUUGAAAAUUUAUCCAAUGAAGUUUUGUACGAAAUAUUGGACUAUAUUGAUGCUUAUGAUAUAUAUGAAUCAUUUUCAAAUCUUAGUAAUCGUUUAGAAAACCUUAUCAUUUCUUCAUCAAUUUUACUUCGAAUAAAAGUUAAUUCAGAAGCGCUACUCGAAGAUCGUUGUCAACAUGUUAUUAUUCCAAAUUCACAUCGUAUUCUUUCCCUUCAUUUUCGGGGUCAUCCGUGGGGUGAAUUAUUAAUUGAUAAGUUCUUUAAUCAUUGUAUUAUUGAUUCAUCAUUUCAUCGUCUUGAAUCAAUCCUUCUCAAUGACAUCAAAAAAGAGAAACUACUUACGACUCUUUUUUAUUUAAAUGCUUUACCUCGUCUCUUUUCACUAACCAUUUAUAUCAAUGAUGAUGAUUAUUAUGAUCUUGGAAAUAUUUAUUCACUAAUUUUUUCUUUACCUACAUUAAAAUAUAACCAACUGGCAACACAUGCCCGUGAAAUCCAAAUUACUAUUCCACAUGCAAUCAAUAAAAAAUCUAGUACAAUCGAACAUUUAGUGGUACAUCAUCCUUGUACUUUUAAUCAACUAAAUUCUCUACUUCAUUAUACACCACAACUUCGUCAUCUGUCUUGUUAUCCAGUGAUUGAAUCAGAUGAAAAUUUCAAAAACGAUUUAUCGACAAGUUUACCACAUUUAAAAUUCGUUAAUUUUGAAGAAGUUUCUGCUCCGUUUGACGAAUUUGAAGUGUUUAUCACGAAAAUAUCCUCUCAAUUACAAAUAUUGAAAAUUUAUACACUUCAGAAUAGAACUUAUCUUGAUGGUAACCGCUGGGAACAAUUGAUUAAAGAAUAUAUGCCUCAAUUAGAAAAAUUCUACUUUAAUUUUACUCAGGAUAUUGAUGAUGAUAGAGAGAUAAAUUUAAGUGAUUCAACUGAUGGAUUCAUUAAUCGAUUUAAUUCACCAUUUUGGUCUGAACGAAAAUGGGUUCGUGAGAUAGAAGUAUAUUGUGAAUCAAUGGUUUUUUCAAUUCAUCCAUAUAAAAAAGAAUGGAUCGAUCUUCGUGAACAUACGAAUAUUGACACGUAUUCGAAACAAAAUUCGACAAAAGAUAAUUAUAUUUCUAAUCGAGAAAAAACUGACCAUGGUAUUAUACAAUUGACUAUCUUGGAUUAUGAAGAUAUCGGACUUAAUGGGCAAUCUAUUAAGAAAUUAAAAUCUGCUUUGGAAGCGAUUCAAUUUACUCAUUUAAAUAUAGAUGAUGAUACCAUGUCUAUUAACAUGUUACUCGGUAUUCUACAUUUGUUACCGAAUAUUGAAUCAUUAAAACUCUCAUCUAUACCAAUAGUUAAGUUAGAAUCUUUAUUUAUUGAACAUACCAGAAAUCAUCUAUCAGUAUUGGCUAUUAACAAAAUAACAAAAGUCAAACUUGGUCAAGUUAUAGAAGAAGAAGAAAUUGAAUUUUUUAUCAAUCUUUGUCCACAUAUAGAAUAUCUUGAAGUAGGCUGUAUGUCAUAUACAGAUGUUCCAUCACUUAUGAAAUUUAUUUUAAUGAAUCGAAUGACACGUAUUCCUAAUCUCUGCUUCAUUAUUCAUAUGGCAAAUGAAAACUUGGUUAGAACUUUAGCAAAUAUAAUGGAUUCCGAGACAGUUAAUGAUAAGUAUACAAUUCAGCGUAGUGGCAACAAAAUAAGUGUGCAUUGGAAAUUAUAA